GGGAGCGGGGCUGUUGAUAUCAAUAUGGCGGUUGUCAGCCAGACAAAGACAGUCAGUCUGAUGUGAUUGAGACAAGGGAGGUUUUCAGGGGGGAGACUGGGAGAGUGGGGCCUCCCCUCCCCCUUCUCCUCUUCCUGUGCGGGCCUCCGGCCCUCCCCAGCCCCUCCCGACGGGCGGCCCCGCACGGAAGGCACCCCUCCCCCCUCCCGCCUCCCUCCUCCCGCCUCAGCCCUCGGCGCCGGGACGCUGGGGAGGGGGCCGUGCCGGGCGAGGGAACUCCGCGCGGUUCCGAGAAUGGUAAAUAAAGCUGACCGUCUCUGGACAGAAUACUAACCCUCCUCAUGUAAAGUAUGCUCAGUUCCUUUCCAGUGGUUUUGCUGGAAACCAUGUCUCACUAUACAGAUGAGCCCAGAUUUACCAUAGAACAGAUAGAUCUGCUUCAGCGCCUCCGGCGCACUGGAAUGACUAAACAUGAAGUUCUCCAUGCCUUGGAAACAUUGGACCGUCUUGACCAAGAGCAUAGUGACAAGUUUGGAAGAAGGCCCAGCUAUGGAGGAAGUUCAUAUGGGAACAGCACCAACAAUGUUCCAGCCUCUUCCUCUACAGCGACGGCUUCUACACAGACACAGCAUUCGGGAAUGUCCCCCUCGCCUAGCAACAGUUAUGAUACCUCCCCACAGCCUUGCACUACCAAUCAAAAUGGGAGGGAGAACAGCGAGCGAUUGUCCAUAUCAAAUGGGAAGAUGUCUCCAACUCGCUACCAUGCAAAUAGCAUGGGUCAGAGGUCAUACAGUUUUGAAGCCUCAGAAGAGGACCUCGAUGUAGAUGAUAAAGUGGAGGAACUGAUGAGGAGGGACAGCAGUGUGAUAAAAGAGGAAAUCAAAGCCUUUCUUGCCAAUCGGAGGAUUUCCCAAGCAGUUGUUGCACAGGUAACAGGCAUCAGUCAGAGCCGGAUCUCACACUGGCUGUUGCAGCAGGGCUCAGACCUUAGUGAACAGAAGAAAAGAGCCUUCUACCGAUGGUACCAGCUCGAGAAGACAAACCCUGGGGCUACAUUAAGUAUGAGACCUGCCCCCAUUUCAAUAGAGGACCUUGAAUGGAGACAAACACCUCCCCCUGUCUCCGCCACAUCUGGGACCUUCCGUCUCCGACGAGGAAGUCGAUUUACCUGGAGAAAGGAGUGUUUGGCUGUCAUGGAAAGCUAUUUCAAUGAGAAUCAAUACCCCGACGAAGCAAAGAGAGAAGAAAUUGCUAAUGCUUGCAAUGCAGUUAUACAGAAACCAGGCAAAAAACUGUCUGAUCUGGAACGAGUUACCUCCCUGAAAGUAUAUAAUUGGUUUGCUAAUAGACGGAAGGAAAUCAAGAGGAGAGCCAAUAUCGAAGCAGCAAUCCUGGAGAGUCAUGGGAUAGACGUACAAAGUCCCGGAGGCCAUUCUAACAGUGAUGACGUGGACGGCAACGACUACUCCGAGCAGGAUACUUGGCAAGUACGCAAUGGGGAGGAGGAGGAGGGAAGAAGUUCAGAGGGAGGCAGAGAAGCAGAGAAGGACGACAGCACGAGCCAUAGUGACCACCAAGACCCCAUCUCAUUAGCUGUGGAGAUGGCAGCAGUCAACCAUACUAUCUUGGCACUGGCCCGACAAGGAGCCAACGAAAUCAAGACAGAGGCCCUGGAUGAUGACUGAUCAGGGAGGGUUAAACGUGACAAGUUAACUUAGUUUAGACGUAGCACCUUAGCAGACUUUCCUCGGUCCUUAACAUGUGUUCUUACAGUAUAACUUGCAGUUUCUUGUAUGUCAGGUAGCCGUUAGGGUCUUGUUCUGUGAAGAUGGCAUGGUGCCCUCAGCCUUUGCAUAUACUCUCUCAGUAUUAAAAUCCCAGUAAGUAAUAACCAACCAACCAACCAACCAGACUCCCCUUUCCCAGGCUAGAAAAUCUUGCUGCUCCGUCUUAGCAUUCUAAGAAAGUGCUUCCAGGUGUUUAGAUAACCCUCAGUCCUCAACUAUUAGGCCAUGUGUAAAAUCUCGGGUACCUUUAGAUUCAUGGAACACUAGUCUGUAACCCCUUUUUCUGCCCCAAGACUGACAGGAUGCAAGCUGAGGUAGUGGCACAGGGUUGACACGCCAUGUGGGGAGUGCCCGCCGCGUGAAGGAAGACUAGAACCCCCCAGCAGGAACCCGCCGACUCCGCUGCAAUAAGCCGUGCCUCCCAGUCACACUGUGGCUAGACUCCUUUGGGUGCUGUGCUAAGAAUGGUGACGGAUAUUUAGCUCAGAUAUUGGUUGAUGUUAACGUGGCUGACCCAGACGUUCUUUCCUCUCACAAGCUGUGUGACUUAAUAGAUAACAAUACUGCCUUCUGCCUUUGGGACCAUGAUUCAAAACAAAACGAAGAGAUAAAAAAAAAAUGUUAUACAAAAACCAGCUUGAGAGCAUUGGGGGAAAAAAGAGUGAGCUGAAUGUUUCAUGGAUGCUAAGACCAGUUCUCAGAAUCACUGUACAUUCCACGGCACGGUUAGCGUGCCUGCCUGGGAAAGGCCGGGACAGUUGCGUGGAAGCUGCUUCGCUUUACUGUCCGUUUCCCCUGUCCCUGCUACCAAAAAAAGGUCUUUCAAGGAUGAAGCUAAGGUCAAAAAUAAGUGGAAGAAUAGUCCUUGUGCCCAGAGCUGACAGAGGACUGUGUAGGGGUUCCUGCUGACUAUCACGCAUACACAUGCUCGCCGAAUUAGGAGCACAGAAGAGCAGGGGACGCUUACCACUUACCUUGUGGGUGUAUGUGUGGGUCUCUUUUCUCUGUCCUUGGAGAGGUGUGAAAAGCUAUAUUGCUACAGGCAAUUUAUUCAAUAAUUGGAAGCCAUAUUGAUAAUGGAUGUGGUAAUAUUUGUAAAGUUUAAUCUACUUUAAGUGGCAGUAACUAAUGGAAUUUUUUUUCCUCAAUCACAUAUGUAGCACUUUUGUUACUUUUUAAAGAUAUUUAUAUUUGAUAAAUCUUUUCAUUUUGAGAACUCAAAAUACCAAACAGUGAACUUGCGUUAUAAAGUCACCCUGCGCUCACCGUGUCAUCUCGUAGCAAAAUGAUGAACUAUUCAUGCAUCAAAGAAAAUGACAUCUGCUGGCCUUGUAUGAAAAUGAUCUCCUGGCGCCCUGAUUAAAUGGCACUGUCACUGUAGGUAAGAGGAAGCCGCCUCCAGGGCAGCGCGUGGGGUGGCGUGCAGCUCCGGGGCCCAGCUCUCCCCCGCCUGUCUGACGAGGCCUUGUUUCAAGGGGAGUGCGGGAGCUGAUUGAGCAGGGCUUCUGUCUUUCUGUCCAUUGCCUGAAAUCGUCUGUCCAAUGGAAAGAACAUGCCAUUUCCUCUCCUUGUUAUCUCCUCCCUAACUCUUGGGAGGUGGGAGGGGAUUGACCCUCCUCACUCGUCCCCCUUUGUGGUUCGUAGGACAGUAGCUGCCGAAGUUCUGCUGGUCUCACUGCUCUUAAGGCACACAGUGACUGGGUCGUCCCCUCAGCUGUGAACUUGGCUCACGGAGGUGUGACAAGGAGAGGGCGGGGCGAGGGUGUGCCUUCCCCACACCUGUCACUGGGGGCUGGACUCCUGUUUGUGCAUUUGGGAAAGGGAGAGAUACCAAGUCUUUCCAGCUUCCAAGAGUGAAGUGAAAUGGAGCGAUCUUCUUCUGUGUUACUUGAGUCACCAGAUUCAAGGGUAGCAUUUGUUAAUCUCAGGAAUGACACUCUCCUACCCCUUCUCCCCAGCCCACACACCUACUCACAUUCCUUCGUGGCUUUACUUUGUAUUUCAGUUAGGAAAUUGAGCUAUUUCUUUCAUUUUAAUAUAUUAGAAGAACUACUGUAUCUUUCUGUUUCGAUGGAGUUUUGUCUGCUUAUUCUUAGUGGACUCAGAAAGAGCAGAAGAAAAAGAAGAAAAUAUAUAUAUAUAUAUAUUCUGUGAUGAGCCACAUCCAUGAUUUAUUGUAAGGAGAUUAUUGUAAUUGAUAGCUUCUUUAUGAUGGGAUUCCUAGUGUCAUUUGUUCUUGCUAGAGUUUUCAAAGGAGCAGACUCAGAUAUUUAAAACAGCUGCAGUUCCUAAAGAAACAGUGAUUGCCACAGGACAGCUAAAAUGCUUCACUGUUGUGAGACCUUGAAGGAAGACCGAAGGAGAGUCUUGGGAGUCGGGUCAGUGCAGACGGGCUGCCUUGGAGAAUGGCACCAUGGUGAGCUGGGUGGGAAAUGGCAGAAAGCCUCUCGCCCGCCCGCAGUCCUUCAGACCACAGCCUUACAGAGAACUUGAGCUUUUUCACCAACAAGAAGAAUUUACUUCUUUAGGGUCAAGACUUAAAUCUCCCAUUAGUUUUCUCUUUGUCGCCAGGUCAAAUUCUAUGUUGUCCAGUACCACCUAAGUUUUUAUAAUGGUGCCUAGACCUGCCAUAUUUGAUUUCUUAUUCCUUUGGUAAUAAACUUUUUCCUUAAGCUUUUUCAGGUUUUAGGUGUGAUGUUAAAAAAGAAACUCUAGCCAGGCACUAAUGGCUUAUGCCUAUAAUCCUAGCUACUCAGGAGGCUGAAAUCUGAAAAUCACAGUUUGAAGCCAGCCUGGGUAGGAAAGUCCAUGAAACU